UCUCUUGCGACGGGCUCUGGGCAUAGUUCAGCAGCAUUUCCGCGAGCUGCACCAUUACAGUACCUACAUCUGCUGUUUCGUUUCAGAAAGUGUCCCUUUUCCUCCCCAAUUGGUGUGCCUUUUCUAGCAGACGCACAUCCACUGAUCCACCGUUCGGUGCUCUCCUUGAGCCCCCUUGGUUGCCGUUGGGACGACUCGGCUAGUCAUUUGGGUCCCGGUCAUGGCCACCGUAGAUCGUCGUUCCCCCUUCCCCAGCCGGCCCAGGUCGCAUCACAAGUCGCCGUCCACCGAUUCGUUCCUCGCCGACUCUCUCUCCCGCUUCGUCGAAACUCUCGCUGAGAACGACGCGUCCUUCUCGGCCCUCCCCCCUCGCCACUCCCCACGCAGCACCCUCUCCCCAAUGUCCUCAUCCAAUAGUAGCACUCCGUCCGCCAUGCGCACCGGCCGCCGUUCCCUUGAGAUCCCUUGCGACGCCGAUUCCAGUCGCGGAUUCGCCUCGCCUCGAGACGUCCCGAGGCGCCUCGCGAUGCGGCUCCUGGUGGGCGACAGCGGCGGAGCGGUGGACGCGGCGACGCAGAGGCUCGGCACCCCGGAUAAAAAUACGCCGCGAGGAAGCAGCGGGAGGCUCGGCGUAAAGAACGCGGGAACGCGCGGUCGUGGCGACGACUGGACGGGCGAGUUUCCUCUCCAAGAGGCCGAGGCGGGUCGCGAGGGGAAGAGCCGUAGGCAGGGCGGCGGGGCGGCUAUGUUCCGCAGCAUAAGCGAGCACGUGGGUGCGGAUGUGACAACCCCAACCUCCCCCGCUUCCCCCGCUUCCUCUCCCUUUGGGAACCAGCGGAACGGGUCGUCUCGAGGCCGAUAUCUGUCGCGCGUCGGGGCGUCGGAGCCGUUGGAACGCUCUCAGCCCCGCAAAAGCCGCUUGAACGAAGACGACAAUGAUGCCAGCGCGACGACGGGCCCAGAUGGAGCGACGGACGCCGAGGAGGAGAGUUCCGACGGGUCGGUGUCGAUAAGACGGCUGGGACGCGAGAUCAAUGAGCUGAGGAAGCAGCUGGAGCGGUGCGCGCGCAUCAACAAGUGGCUCACCGAAUCUUUGCGCUCAGCGGAGCGCACAGCGGCGGAGGCCACAGCAGCGGCCCAGGCGGCAGCAUCAGAGCGGGACCACGUGGCGAAGGAGCUGGAGGAGAUGCUUAACGCGUGGUCGCAAGCCGACGAGGCGGCGACGGCGAAGCAGGAGGAGGAACGCGCGUCGACGGAGAGAUCUCGCGCGUCGCUGGAGCGGGCGCGAGCGGCGUUAGCGGAAGAAAGAGAGGCGGUGGGGAGGGAGAGGGAGGAGGUGAGGCGGGAGCGCGAGGAGAUGAAGCGCGAGCGGGAGGCGCUGAGGAAAGAUAAGGAGCGGAUGGCGAGAGACGCGGCGGAGCGGGCGUCGCACGACGCGCAGAGCGAGUGGAGCAAGCUGCAGAAGCAAGCGGAGAUGAUGGGCGGGUGGCAGCAUCAGCACGUGCAGCAUCAGCGUGUGACUCCUGAUGGUGUGCUUCUAAGGAGCGUGAGCAUGAACAGCACGUGUAGCUGCCUCAACAGCACGCGAAGCAGCAUGGAGGCCAAGUCCAGCAACGGGGGAGUAGCAAAUCAGCAGCCAAGCAAGCAGGGGGGGAGCAGGAGCAACGGCAGCACUAAGAACGGUGCUUCUGGUGGACGUUGGAUGGGCUCCUGUCGGUCCGAGAGUGACCUCGGCGCGUUCGCUAGCAGGGCGCGAGAGCACGCGCCGAGCGGACUUACGCACUCCGCGAGCGUGGGGGAAUACGGUCUUCCGUCUCCGGGCAACGUCACCUCGCCGAACGAACGCGCGAGUGGACUAUGGGUCUCUGAGAGCACCGGUACAGGGGUGAGCCCGCGAACCAGUGCUAAUUCGCCCCCAUCACGGAGCCCUCGAAGUAACAGCACAGGUGGUUACAGCAGCAGUAGUCUCAGUAGUGUUGGAAGUUACUCCUCCGUCUUGGACUACGGCGCCAAACCACCCAAGUCCCCUGGAUUGCUGCAAGACCCAAGGAUAUCAGGGAGGCGUGUUAAGUUCUCUCUCAUUGACUGAUGUCCUAGUGUAGAUGUGUGUGUGUGUUGUGUGUGUGUGUGUUGUGUGUGUGUUGUGUGUGUGUGUGUUCGUGUGUGGCUUGCGUGUGAGUGUGCAUGCAUUGAGAGCACACAUGUGUCUGUGUGUGCGUAAGCACCGGUGCUUGCAGUAGAUGGAAUAAUUUUGUUUGUGCGGCCCGUGCUGGAAAGCCACGGGUCACAUCAAUUCUGACCAUGUCCCAGUAUCUUCUGAUGGCCGUGGGAAUGAGCCCAAUUUGGCUACCCCACUAUAAUAUGUCAUGUAAUCCAAGUAUAUACCACCA